UCGAACGUCAACAACGCAAUGGGUGCAGGAAGGUUUUGGGUGCAGGAGAAAGCGCGUGGACGAUGCCGACGAGAUGGAGCACGUCACUGCGCAAUCUGAGCAGUGUGCGGUGGGCUAGCUCCUCCUCAUGAACGUCCUGGCGUAACAUUCCACGUCCAGCGCGUCGCGCCACCCCUUGCUGCCAAGGCAUUUUCCAACUUGCACCAUGCAAGUACCUUUCCACGCCGUGGUGCUGGCAACGUUGGUUGCCGUCGCUACGUUUGCCCAAGUCAUUCCGCUUGCCUUUAGCGUCGGGUGCGACAACUCGACGAGUUAUCCGUUUCAGCGCGAACGAGGCUGUUUCAAGCCGGCCUUCACGCGCGAGAUCGACAAUGGCGGCGACCCCUUCAUCAUUGUGCGCUUCAGUGCAUUCAACUUGCCACGCAACGACUACGUUCUCCUGCGAUCCCUUGAGACGGGGGCCACGGUAAAGCUGUCCGGGGCCGAGUACCACGGCGCGUUUGACGCGCCGAGCAUCAAUGGGUCGCGCCUCCGUCUUGAACUGUACACAAGAGCGAUCCCGGCGGGGGGAUCGUCGUCUCCGUCAACGUGCACGGGGUUUCACGUUGUAGGGUACACGAGUGUAUUGCAAAGCCCACCGACCCACGAAGCUGUGUGCGGCGGCAACGUCGAACGCACGCAGGAAGCGGCAUGUUUCAAUCAUUCCCCCAUCAUGACCGCACGUUCCCGCGCGGUCGCGCGCCUCGUGAUCAACAAGGACGGUGUCCUCACGGGCUGUACGGGGUUUCUCCUCGGCAACGAAGGCCACUUCAUCACGAACAACCACUGCAUUGCAACGCAAUCCCAUGCGUCGAAAACUCGGUUUGAAUUCAUGGCGCAGACAAUGACUUGCCCGACCAAAAUUGGCGACACGGUGUGCGACAAGCAGUUGGCCUGCCCUGGAGAUGUCUGGCGCGGCACUGCCACUUUCUUGUACACGAACGAGAAGCUGGACUACACGAUUGUGCUGCUCGAUCGGUCGGUAGUCGCGAGGUACUCGUACUUGAAGCUCCGACUGGCGGGGCCGAUUGUUGGGGAGCCCAUCUACUCUGUCCAGCAUCCCCAAGCAUGGGGCAAGCGCAUCACAGACAAGACUGCGUGGGGAAAAGCCACGAUCCAGUCCACGAAUAGUUUGGAAGCGUCCUAUCUACUUGACACGCGGCCCAUGGCGAGUGGGUCGCCUGUCUUAAGCACCACCGACCACUCCGUCGUGGCGCUCCACCACGGCAGUCUCACGCAAACGACGUGUCCGAACUUUGGCAUCAAGAGCGACUUGAUUGCCAACGACUUGGAAUCCCUCGGCCUUGUUCCGGACACCGCGUUUUCCUAGACAAAUACUUGCGCUCAGUGUGGCUUGUGCACAGGAACACACCACGAAAAGUCUCAACACAACUCUUGUCUACAACUCGU